GUGAGCAACAAUGAAACGGUCAUACCUAAGCAGCUCCAGCAUGCUUAUAAAUACCACUACAAUAAGGUAAGGUAAGCUAAUUUAAGCACACCACCCGGUUAAAUUAAUUAACAAACUACUCUUUCUUAAUUAUCUUUUCUUUAAUUUCUUCGAAACAUACGUAGUACAGCUACAAUGGGGUGCUUGUUUCCACCCAGGUUGUCAGUCCGGAUGUGUAAGCCGGAGUUGGUGACGCCCAAAACGCCAACGCCACGACAGAAGAAGCCGCUCUCUGACAUCGAUGACCAAGCCAGCCUCCGCUACCAAAUGCCGGGCCUGUGGUUUUACCAGCCCAAGACGGCGGCAUCUAAACUCGGGAACGGCGACGACGAUGAUCCGGCUAGCCUCAUUAAGGAUGGUUUGGCGAAGGCCUUGGUGUAUUUCUACCCGCUGGCCGGCAGGCUCUUCGAGGGGCCGAACAGGAAGCUGAGCGUUGACUGCAACGGCGAGGGAGUGCUGUUUGUGAGGGCGGAGGCCAACCUUCCCCUCCGCAAGCUGGGCCGUUUUGUGCAGUCGCCGUCCCCCUAUCUCCGCAAGCUUCUGCACCACGUUCCUGGCUCCGAUGGUAUCACUGGCGCCCCUCUACUCCUUAUUCAGGUGACGCGUUUCACUUGCGGCGGCUUUGCGCUUGGCGUCCGGUUCAACCACACCAUGGUGGACGGCUAUGGGCUCGCCCUCUUCUUAAAGACGGUCUGCGAAUUAGCCACCGGCGCUCUAGAGCCCUCUGUUUUGCCGGUGUGGGAGAGAGAGCUGCUAACCGCCGCUGCUGCUGAUUCAUCAGCGACGACGACGACCCAGCACGCCGUGGCGCCCACUAAUUCAAAAAUGCGGUUCAAGAUGCUCGACAUGGAGUGGUGGGCCAGUGUGAUGGUGGACUUCGAAAAAAUGGCAGCCCGGCCCCGUUUCUUCUUCUUCCCCGCCGUUCUGAAGCCCAUUCUGACUCAACGCUCAUUCACCCUCACUCCACAAGACAUCCAGGCCAUGAAAGACCAAGUUCUGGAGGAAGGCUUCGGCAAGUGCUCCACGUUUGAGGUGAUCUGCGCGUCUUUGUGGAGAUGUCGCACUGUCGGGCUGCAGCUGCACCCCGACACUACGGUCACCGUGACCUUCCCGAGCGACAUCCGGGGAAGGUCAUCGGUGACCGGUCUGACGCUUCCUCGUGGGUACUAUGGAAACGGCAUCGUGAUGCUGUCCGCCGCCGCCAACGCCAAGGUGUUGUGCGAGAGCCCUCUCUCUUACGCCAUCCAGUUGAUCAGAGAAGCCAAGGAGAAACUGACUCUCGACUACGUCAAGUCAGUACUUAAUUUCAUGGUGGUCAACGGUCGUCCGAGGAUGCCGGUGGCGAGAAACUUGCUUGUGUCGGACAUAUCGAGAAUUGGUUUGGAGAAAGUCGACUUUGGAUGGGGUAACGCCAUCUACGCCGGUGGCGCCAUGGCCGCUUAUGGGGCCACUUUCCUAGAGCGUCCAGCGAGCACCGCAAGUGUGGAGAGCAGUGUUUUGGUGCCCAUUGCUUUGCCUUACAUUUCUAUGCUGAUUUUCAACCGUGAGUUCAAGAAGCUGGCUAUGUCCGCAUCUAAUAAGCCUGUUACGCCUGGCUCAUGAAAAUUCAAUUUGUCAAAUAUUCAUUCAUGACAGUUACGUACUACCCAGUAUAUUGGUUUCGUAAUAGAAUUGAUUAAGUUCUAAUUUGAGAACAAAAAUCCAUAUUGGUGAAAUUAAUUAGUCUUUAAUUAUUUUGCUCUGAUGUGAGCAACUUCUCUUAAAAUGGUUAAGAAAGUGAGACAUGUUUCUUUACUAAAGAAACUUCUUAACCAAGUAUUCCGUAGUGUACAUGUUACAAAAGAAAAAUCGGUCACUAACUUUGUAUACAUGCAUGUUAUUUGAAUGUUUACGUUGUCGUGUAUGUAUAUUAUCCAUCCG